GACAGGAAGAACAGUAGAACACCAAAAACUGAAAAUCAAAAAAAGAAGUUUCAACUUUCAACCCUCAACUAGUCCUGUAAUUAAUUUAAUUUUUAAUUCUUCAUCCAUCUGAAUCUUUUCUCUCUCUUCUCUCUUUCUCUCUCUCUCAUCUGCAUUUUUUUUCCAAUUUCAUCAAAGAAAAUUCACUUUCCACCAUUUUUCUCUCUCCUUCAUUUCUCUUCGACAACUAAUCAUAACUGUCGGCGUCAAGCUCAGCAUCUCUGCUCCAACAAUUGUUCCAGUUUCUACUUUACGAAGGUUGAUUGUCGCAGUGAUUGAAUUGAAGAGAUGGCUAAUCGAAAAGAAGAUGAGAAAAAUGAGAAAAUUAUACGAGGUCUUCUUAAACUUCCUGGAAAUCGCAAGUGUAUUAACUGUAAUAUUCUGGGUCCCCAAUAUGUGUGCACCACUUUCUCAACAUUUGUUUGUACUACAUGUGGUGGAAUUCACCGCGAAUUCACACACCGAGUAAAGUCAGUAUCAAUGGCCAAAUUUACACCCCAAGAAAUUGUUGCACUCCAGGCAGGUGGAAACGAGCGUGCAAAGGAGAUAUACUUUAAAGAAUGGGAUCCUCAGCGGCAAUCUGCGCCCGAUAGCAGUAAUGUGGACAGACUUCGGGAUUUUAUCAAGCAUGUGUAUGUGGAUAGGAGAUAUAGCGGUGAAAGGGGAAGUGACAAACCUCCUCGUGGAAAGCUGAGUGAUAAAGAUGAACCUAAUGAGAAUAGGAGAUCAGACGGAUAUUUAAGUGGUUCUCGAAGUCCACCAUAUGAUGACAGGAUUGAACGCCGUUACAGUGAUAGAUCAAGUCCUGGUUAUGAUGCGAGAAGAAGUCCAGGAUACGAUCAUGACCCCCAGAGGCAUAGUGACUAUGGGAGAAGCCCUGUUCGUUCGGGUAUUGUUAAUGAUUGGCGACGGGAAGAUAGGUUUUCCAAUGGGAGAAAUUCUGAUGAUCGUCGGAGUUCUGACGGAGAAGGUAAGCUUGACGUCAGAUCUCCAGAUAACCAAAAGGAUGCUGGUGUGUCCAGCCUUCCAACUGUACGGCCUGUUGGGGAGAUACUGGGAGAAAAUGUUGUGCCACUUCGCAUUAGUGAGCCUCUAAAAGCUGAUAGCAGCAGGGCUGUUGACGGGUCUAAAAUUACCCAGAGAACAGCCUCCUCUAGUAGCUUGGCAUCCACCAAUGGCAUUCCUGUUGAGCCAAAAAAGGAAACAUCUCUGAUUGACUUUGAUGCUGAACCAGAACCUCCUAUGACUGUCACUGCAGUUCCACAAUCAUCUGCUGGUCAGCCAGUUCGCCAAUCAACAAGUACACAAAACGAUGACAAUUGGGCUUGUUUUGACAGUGUGCCAGAUAACAAGGUGCUUCAAGCACCUCAAAGUACGAAGCCACUGGAAUCUGUUCUUUCAGAUUUGUCCGUUCCUGCUCUUGUUCAUUCAUCUGGAUCUACUAGUGGGAGUGGUGCUCCUGUGCCUUCCAAUGGCAUCUUCCCGUCUUCAAGUGGUGAUUUGUUAUUUGCUUCUGUGGGUAGUACAUCUGUAGCUGCAUUACCUGGGAUUGCUCCUGUAUCCUCACCAUUGACUAGUUUGUCAUCUCAACCUUCUGGAGGGGCUCCGGUUGCUCCCAGCCUGCCAUCAACAUUGCCUGCCAAUGGUGGUGGUCCCUAUCAGCAGCCUGGAAUGCAUCCUCAACAAGUUUUUACACAUUCUGCUGCUAACCAGCAAGCUCCUUCACAAUUGGCGUCUGUUUUUCCCAGUGUCUCUAGCAGUCAGGAUGCGGUGGGUAACUCUGUUGUCCAACCAUCACAAGCCGUUUCGGCUCUUCAGUCUCAUACAAUUGAAGCUAACUCAAGUCAGAGAAAAGAGCUUCCUGCGGAUCUCUUUACUGCUACAUACUCCUUCAGCCCUUACCAAGCUCCUGGUUGGCGAGCUGGUGUUAGCGGAAUGUUUCCUGGCAUGGGAUAUCAGAUUCCGUAUAACCCUGCAAUGUCAAUGCAAACAUACCCGCAGCCAACAUAUCAGCAGCCAACAAAAUCAUCUAACCCUUUUGAUGCAGAAGGAUCUUCUGUGCAAGCUACUCCGUUCCCUUCUAUGUCAUCUCUGCAAACUGCUCUGCCUAAUGCAACUGCUCCUAUCGGAGUAGCACAUGCUUCAAACCUUGGUACUACUCCACCUUCUUGGAUGCGACCUCAAUUAUCAACAAUGGCUCCACCUGCACAUUCUUUUGGCUCUUCUAUGCCAACUGAGUUGUCAGGGAUGUACAUAGGCCAGCAACUACCCAAUAACAUGGCAUCAUCUAGGCCUCAAGGACUUGGAAGCUCUGGUAAUGAAGGACCUGCUUUUGGCCUAAUGAACCCGGCUGCUGCCAUGCCGAACCCUUCCGUAAGUGGGAACCCAUUUGGCUAGAAAGGCAAUUACACGUCUUGAUAAUCCACCCCCUUUCAUAAUUCUUUUGUGGAGUUGUUUAUCUUUUGUUGAACCGAUACAUCAAUACAACACCUCAAUAAGGAAGAUUUUGAGGUCUUGGGACAAUUAGGUUUAUUCGCCUAGUUCCCAUGUAAAAAUGUUUUGCACCUGUAGAAUACAUGAGGAUAUGAAGAUUAAAAUCGUGAUUUAGAAGACGGGCAUGGAAGUCGACAAAAUAGUCAUGUGUUAGGAAUUUUGGUGUCUAACUUUGAUAUUUGAUCAUGGAUCUCUGCAUGAUGGUUAAUCUAAGCUUCUGCCCUCUGAAGUUGUAUCAAUUUUUUGUUUCUUUACCCUAUUGUGGGUUCAUCGACUGCUAUUAUUUUGGUAUACUUUUUGUAUCCUUUUUCACCUUUUAUGUAUUUUCUGCAUGUGAAUAUGGAUUGUUUUGUUUAAAUAAUUCUAUUUUGUGAGACUUGAUAGUGGUUGUUUUGACUUU